CCGGGUACGUUCUUAUUCCCUAGUCCCGACGUACUACGUAGUAUACACUAUACUGGCAUACAGCAGACCGUAGACGGGUAUACUAAGCAGCACUUGCAGCAGUCUGGUGAGUGCCGAGUUGCGACUACCGUAGUGCCGUCCAGUAUAGUUCCAAGUUCCUACAAUCACUAGCACUUUUUGUUUUAUAAUAUCAAUAUUCGUGCUACGUAUUAGUGCAUACUUAAUUACAGAUUACGGAAACCAAUCACUUAAAACGUUAUUCUAAAAAGUUUUAAGUUACUUUAUUCAUAUAUUUGCUCUGUCCUUAACACUGCUAUACUGUAGGAGCCAUACUAGGAAAACAAGUGCCUAAUAUUAUAUGUGAAGACGUGAAGUACCAGUUGCUAUUAAUUUGUUUUCUGCACAAGCAAACCAGUGUACUACAUAGUAUAUGGUGGUAAUCUACUAGUUUUACAUUAUGUCUGAUCAAGAGCCUAGGCAGACCAAUUUCUGCGCCGAAAAACGUUUUUCAUUAUCAUAUGAUGUAUUAAAUACCAUGCGGAGAAAUAAUGAAUUUUGUGAUGUGCUGUUUGUAGUUGGAGGAAAAAAAAUAGCAGCUCACAAAGUUAUACUGGCUUCUCAUAGUAAUUAUUUUAAUAAAAUGUUUACUGGAAACUUCAAAGAUACUCAAUUGUUGGAGGUAAAAAAUGUAGAGAUCACUCCUAAUUCACUUGAACUAUUAUUGGAUUUUCUAUAUACAUCACAAUUAACAAUAAAUGAUUCUAAUGUGCAGGAUUUAUUAACGGCAUCAGAUUUUUUAUUGCUCAAUGAUGUGAAAAAGGAAUGUUUAAAUUAUAUAGAACAAACAAUUGAUAUUGAUAACUUUAUGACAGUAAAAAGCAUUUAUGAUAUAAAUAAAAUAAGAGAUCUGCAUGAAUUAUUUUUGUCAUACAUACUAAAAAAUUAUAAUAACAUUAUUAAAUCAAAUACAUUUUUAUCAUUUUCGUUUGAAUUGAUGAUGGAACUUAUUCAGAGUGAUGACUUAUGUGCAGAAGAAGAAGAGGUUUAUGAAUCUACUAUGAUGUGGUUGAAACACGAUCUAAAAAAACGUUUAAAAUACAUGCCACAGUUAAUUAAGUCCAUUCGGUUAUGUCUAAUGUCAGUUGAUUAUUUGGAUAGUACUGUUCAAGAAGAGGAUCUCAUUCAAUCUGAUAAUACAUGUAUGCGUUGCUUAUUUCAUGCCUAUAAAGUUCACCGUCAAAUAAAGACAGUAGAUAAUGAAUCAGUAUUGGCUUAUAGUAUUACACAUCGCAAAUUCACCAAGAAAUCACAGUCAUUUAAUAUUUUGGGAAACGAACAUGAUAAAGAUAACAUUAAUUCAUCACUUGAAAAUUUUUUGCUUAUAAAAGAUUCACCAGAAUUUAUGUCAUUGAAAUUUGAACAAUUAAUGGAACUAAUUAAAAGCGAUGAUUUAUGUGCUGAAGAAUUACAAGUUUAUGAAGCUACUAUUUCUUGGAUAAAAUAUGAUGUGAAAAAUCGUUCUGAAUUGCUUCCUAAGUUAUUCCUAUCAAUACGUCUACCAUUAAUACAAGUAAAAGACUUAAUCAAUAUUGUUGAACAUGAAGAGCUAGUGUCUUCAAAUUCAAUAUGUAUGGGCAUUUUAUUCGAAACAUACAGAAUACUUGCACUUCAUAAAAAUGAAUUUAUGAAAACAUCAGAAUGUGAAUUUAAUAUUUUCAACUAUAGAAAUCAUAAUCUAAAACAAGUCAUGGUAUUAUAUAUGAAAUCAGGUUAUUCAAAAAUUGAGUGGUUUGACAGUAUUAACAAUGCUUUUUAUGAAUGUUCAUUAACUUGGCCCUCUGACUACACUACAUCAAAUUUAAUAUUAAAAGAUGGUAGAAUCUUUAGUAUAAGUUACAGUGAUGAUAAUGUUAACUCCGUGAAAUUAUAUGAUGGCAAUUAUAAUACAUGGAAGUCUAUAAGUACUCCUAAUUUUGUUCAUUGUUAUUCAAGUAUCAUACAAUUUUAUGACCGAGUUUAUGUAAUGUCUACCAAUGGUGUUGAGUAUUAUGAUAUUCAAAGUGAAAAAUGGCAAGAAGUUAAGUUUAAAAUAAGUGGAACUACUAAUUUAAAACUUGCAAUAGUUUCCGAUUUAAUUUAUGGUGUUUGCACUGAGAAAGCUUUUUAUUAUGAUCCAAAAACUGACUUUGGUCAAUUAAUUGGUUCUUUGGGAACUGGUAUAAAAAAUAUAUAUUCAAUUUGUUCAUUUAAUAACCAAUUGUAUGUAAUUGGUGGCUGUAAUCUGUAUAAUGAUGGACAUGGUAUUAUUUUACAAAAGCACAAUCCACAAACUAAUACAUGGAUUAGUGUUUACUGUUCAUACAGAACCUCAAAAGCACCAGGUGUUAUUGUAUUAAAAGGAGAGCUAUAUCUAAUGGGUGGCGAAAAUUGUAAUUAUACUCAAAUUUACAAACCUGAAUCGAAUACAUUUUUAACUAAAGAUGCCAUCUACCUCAAUUCUUCAAUACAUUCUAAUACACAAGCAUUUGUAAUUGAUACAAAAAGUAUAAAUCCAAAGAAUAUUUUGAAAUAUUAUUCCAGUAAUGAAAUUUAAAGUUUUACUUUUAAGUAGGACCUACUUAAUAUAUUUAUAUUUUUAGUGAUUAACAUUUGUAAUUGAUAUUAAAAGUACAAAUCUAAAGAAUAUUUUGAAACAUUAUUCCAGUAAAGAAAUGAAUGGUUUUUUUUUUCAUAUAGAAAGGGAACAUUUACAUAUUUUUAUCUUUAAUUGUAAAACAAAAUAGUUGUAUGUUAAUAAAAAUAUUUUACUAUCAAAUAUAAAUAUAUCUUAUUUAAAA